AUGAGUUCAAUUGGAACUGGAUAUGAUUUAUCGGCCUCGCAAUUUUCGCCUGACGGUCGAGUUUUUCAAGUUGAAUAUGCUCAAAAAGCUGUUGAAAAUAGUGGAACGGUGAUUAGUCUUCGAGGAAAAGAUGGGGUUGUAUUUGCCGUAGAAAAAUUAGUAACAUCAAAAUUGUAUGAAGCCGGAGCAAAUAAAAGGAUAUUCAACAUCGAUGAGCACAUUGGUAUGGCCGUAGCUGGUUUAAUUUCUGAUGCUCGACAAAUUGUCGAGACUGCACGUUCAGAAGCAGCAAGUUAUCGCGCUCAGUAUGGUGUUGGAAUCCCGGUUAAAUAUUUAAAUGAACGUGUUGCCAUGUACAUGCACGCAUACACCCUCUAUUCAGCUGUACGACCUUACGGUUGUUCAGUAAUUUUGAGUGCUCGUGAAGCUGAUGGACCGACAAUGUACAUGAUCGAUCCAUCAGGAGUUUCCUAUGGAUAUUUCGGGUGUGCCGUUGGUAAAGCUAAACAAUCAGCCAAGACAGAAAUUGAGAAAUUGAAAUUGGCUGACAUGUCCUGCAAAGAGUUAGUAAAAGAAGCUGCACGAAUUAUUUACCUAGUUCAUGACGAGUUGAAAGACAAACAGUUCGAGCUGGAGAUGAGCUGGGUUGGCGCGCAUACGAAAGGUAAACAUGAGCGUAUUCCACACGAAAUAAAAGCCGAGGCUGAAGCUAAAGCCCGUCAAGCUAUGGCUGAGGAUUCCGAUAGUGACACUGAAGACAUGUGA